UCCGUCAUGGGCGCCCACGGCUCCAACCUGGACGACAUCCUGGAGGAGGACAUGCACCACUGGUACACCAAAUUCAUGCGGGAGUCGCCGUCCGGCCUCAUCACGCUCUUCGAGCUCAAGACCAUGCUGGAGAUGAACGGCAUGACGGAGGAGGCCAGCAGCUACGUGGACCAAGUCUUUUUCACCUUCGACAUGGACGGCGACGGUUACAUCGACUUUGUGGAGUACAUCGCCGCCAUCAGUCUGCUCCUGAAGGGAGAAGUCAACCAGAAGCUCAAGUGGUACUUCAAACUCUUCGACCAGGACGGAAACGGAAAAAUCGACAAGGACGAGAUGGAAACCAUCUUUAAGGCCAUUCAAGACAUCACAAGGAGCUACGAAAUACCCCCCGAAGAAAUCGUCACGCUCAUCUACGAGCGGAUCGACGUCAACGGCGAAGGCGAGCUGACCCUGGAGGAGUUCAUCACUGGCGCUCGGGAGCACGCCGACAUCAUGGAAAUGCUGACCAAGAUGAUGGACCUCACCCACGUGCUGGAGAUCAUCAUCAUGGGACAACGCAAGGCGGCCAAGUGA